AUGGCUAAACUAGAUGGCAUAUAUUUUAGGUGAGAGGGAAAAGAUUUGAAAGGUACCGGAAGGUAAUUUCUUCACAUAGAGGGUGGUUGAAUAUAUGGAAAGAGCUGCCAGAGGAAAUGUUAGCAGUGGAUGCAACUACAAUAUUUAAGGUACUCUUCGAUAGUACAUGGAUGAGUAAAGAUUUGUGUGUGUGUGGGGGGGAUAUGGGCCCAACAUAGACAAAUGGGAUUAGUUUGAUUCAACAACUUGGUCAGUUUAGACGUUACUGUGCUGUAUUAGUCUAUAAUAGUUUCCUCUUAUUUUCAGCCUAUUGGGAGAAGUGCUAAAUUGGUGCGUUUUAUGGAUCACAGGAUGCGCUGUGUUCUUCAGGACAGCCGUGUUUUCAUUGGAACUUUAAAAGCUUUCGACCGGCAUAUGAACUUGAUUCUUUGUGACUGUGAUGAAUUCAGGACGUUGAAAUCAAAGAAUUCCAAGCUAGGAGAACGGGAAGAAAGAAGGUCGCUUGGACUUGUGUUGCUUCGAGGAGAGACACUUGUAACAAUGACUGUGGAAGGGCCUCCUGUGAGAGAUGUUGGCAUGUCCAGAGUUGCAGCCCGUGGUCCUGGUGCUGGCAGAGCAGCAUUGAGAGGAAUACCCGUCAGUAUAUCAAUGAUCCAGAUACCUACAGGUCUAGCUGGACCAGUAAUGGGGGUCGGCGGUCCUUCACAAGAGGUAAUGACACCUCGGGCUGGAGAAUCUGGAGGUGUACCUGUUCCUAGUUUUUCUGCUGCCCCUCAACCUCACAUACUAAUGAGAGGGGUCCCACCUCUUGUGAAUCUUGUGGAAGCAAGAGCAGGCUUUCUGGGAUCGCCACCUCCUGGCUUGAGAUUUCCAUCUGGACUCCCAAUGGGGAUGCCUUCAGCCAGAGGAGUUCCCAUGGGAAUUCUGCCUGGAAUUAGACCACCAAUGUUGCCCAGGAUGAGAGGUUUCCCUGGAUCACGAACAAAUCCUCCAAGGCCUUAGAAGAAGGGACGAGGGACUUUUUGAACAUUUACUCAACUGUGAACUGAAUAGUUCAUGGAAUUAAGUUAUUUUCAUUUACCCUUUACUUAUGUGAGCUGGAGAUUUUCCAAAUGGGAAAAAUCACCUGUCGACAAAGAUGUUUCCCAUCAAGGAGAGACUGAUGAUCUCCCCGUUUUGUCCUCUGGUUCAAUCAGCCAUGAUUUUUUAAUCUGUUUCGAUUUUCAUUGAUCAACAGCAGAUUUCUGACAAUAUUGGGCAAAACGUAAUUAUUAUAUUUUUGUUUCGUGGAAUCAGAACUCAUAACAUUCUCUGCAUUACAAGAGUAUUUAAUAUAAAAGUUAUCCCAUUUUUAUUUUGUUUUAUUUUAUUAUUUUUUUAAACCUGGCAUAGAUUGAUAGUAAAAGAAACAAGAGGAAUAGUGUUCAUUUAAACCGCAUGCUUUGUCAGACUGCUAGAAUGGAACAGUUAAAUUCGGGAUCGCCAAAGCUUGUAUGAAACUUUGGCUGUGAUGUUGAAGGGUCAAGUUUCAAUUUAAUACCAUUCUAAAAUACAAACCUGAAAGAUACAAAGUUCCACUUCCAAACUGUUGGCAGCUCUAUAGAAUGGCAAGAACACUUGAAUUGGUUUCAAUGUACCUUGGUUAAAUUGAUGUUCUUGUUCUCAGUUUCUGAUUGUAUCUUCAGUGGAAUGAAAUGACUACUCAAUUUCUCUCUGUAACUGUUACAUUUUCAAUAAAGUGGCAUUGACUAAGGAAAUGUUAAUGCCUUGGAAUCAGAUUCUGGCAUGUGAUACCAUCCCGGAGAACAAGGAAAUAAUUAGCAUUAAAUGCAUAAGUUUUGUAUUGACUCAGCAGGGUUGGGAUAGUGCUAAACUCAGAGGGAAAUGAACCUGAGUCACUAAAAAACACGGGCAUAAUCACCUAUUUUUGUUGUAAAAUAUUAAGUAAUUGGAUAAAUGGGCCCUGGAGUUUUGUUAAUUUGGUUGGACCAUUUUCCAAAUAUUUACCUUACCAUGCCUCCAAGCCACAAGGGGCCAUUCAAAAGCCAAAAUUAAGAGGUUGUUGAUAAAGUUAUAAGGCAGUGUCAAAAAAUACAAUGUUGCUAUUGAGGCCAAUUAUUUUCUCAGUACAUUAUCAUGACUUAUUCAUACGAACUCUGGAUGAAACAACAUUCCUGAAUAAAUGCAUCUUGGUUCCAUAAGAAUCUGAAAUAUGCACCUAUCCUUGUACUGUUACAAUUUACGCUAAAUGUUAUCUUGCAUAGACUUUUAUAUUAUGUAGUUUUCACUCCAACCUUUUAGGUUGAGUGGUGCCAUCUGCAUUAUACAGUUUUGCUCAAGGGUAAGCUGGGCGGAUGAGCAUAAAC